UUUUGCCCUUUGCUCUGUGGGUCCAUGGCCUCGAAGAGAAGGUCUUUUAACAGAUCAUCCUCAACCUCCUGUUUCCCAUUUCCCUCUGUCAUUAGCUACGCUAGAGCACACCAUGCAAACAAGACUUUAGUGUAGGAGCAAUGAAGUCUAGAGUGGGUUUAACUCUGUGCUGUCUUCUCUUUCUGCUGCAUUUCACAGUCAGUCUAGAUCUCAGCCAGAUUGAAGUUUACCCUGAAAAUGGUGGAAUCUCUGGAGUAUUUAUGGCCAUGCUGAAGAAAAAAUCAAACAGCUUCAAUGCCACUACAGCCAGUGAGGUGUGCAGGUCUCUCAGUGUUAGAAUAGCUACCAAAACUGAAGUGGAAUCUGCACUGGCUGCCGGCUUAGAGACGUGCAGGUUUGGUUGGGUUGAGGAGAAUAUUGCGGUCGUUCCUCGAAUAAACCCACAUGAAAAGUGUGGCAAAAGCAAAGUUGGAAUUGUUACUUGGUCUACUCCUCUAAGCAGGUUGUUUGAUGUGUUUUGCUUCAAUUCAACAGGUCAAACCAAAGCAACAACAGCCACUACUCCAACAACGACAAACCCAAUUAACACAAGUCCUCAAGCUAAUUCAACCCCCCCACGGCCCAUUCACUCUACAGCAUCUAACAAAAACUUCCUCUCUCUGUCCUCUCCUGCCUCUUCCACAUCCUCAACUUUCAGCACCUCUAUGUCCUCCACAUUCUUUCCCACUGUUGCAGCCACAAGAAUCCCUCCAUCACUGUCACUCUCAACUACUCAAUCUCCACUCGCUACUUCCUCCUCUAAUUCUACUGCAUCCCUCUCUUCUAUCAGUCUGUCCACACAUCCGCUCACCUAUACUUCCUCUUUAAGCAGCCAGUCUAAUCAAACAGGACCGCUCGCACCGGACACGCCCACAUCAUCCUUUGGAGAGGUUCCAACAGCAUGUGUUAUCAUUGCUGUCAUGCUCAUCUUGAUGGCGGCAGCAGGUGCAGUUUGGUAUUUUAAGAUUAAACAAACACACCGUUUUCCACCAUGGGUCAGACUCCGACACAAAGACAUGGUUGAAACUGAGAUGUGGAAGCACACAGAGCAGCAGUGUUACAGCAAAUAUAAGGGGAAAAGCAGCUCUACAGGUGAUAUAUCUCUCCUGCUAGAAGAAGACACAGAAUCACCCUAAGGCCAGUGUCCUUCAUGAGGGUGCUCAAGCAGUCAGUAAACAUUUUUGGAGCUAUUGGGGAUUUGAAAGACUGUAAAUAUGCUGCUUGAUAUUUUUUAGAAAGAUGCUUUGUAUUAUAGAUGAGGGUGGUUCAGGUAUCUGGAAUAAAACAGUGGUAAUAAUGAAUUUGGAUGUUUUUACUGGGCAUCAUCAAUGACAAUUUCAUACCUGUGACAAAAAAUAUAUAUAUUGGUAGAAUUGUACUACUGUAAUAUGAAUUAAUGAAAAAAUAAACACUACAUUGUGAAAAUG